AUGGGGAGAGGUGGAAAUGUUCACAGAUGUCCAAAUGUAGAAGUCAUACACCAAGGGCCAUGCCAUACACUCCAACAGAAAGAAGAAUUGGUUCAAGAAGUUACAAGGGUGGAGAUUCUAAAUGCAAUUAAAGAUAUGCCACAUGAAAAGGCCCCAGGGGUAGAUGACGACUUGCUUAUGUUCUGUAAGGCUGAUAUUCAGUCUAUUAGACUGGUAAAGCAGACUUUCCUCAAGUUCUAUGAGGCUUCUGGUCUUCAAGCAAAUGCAGAGAAGAGUUCUGUCUAUUUAGCUGGUAUUUCAAAUGCACAGAGGCAGGAUAUUUUGCAAGAGUUGGGGUAUCCUGAAGGUACUUUGCCUUUCAAGUACUUGGGGGUUCCUUUGGCAUCCAAGAAGCUUUCCAUUAUUCAGUGCUGGCCUUUAGUAGAGAAGAUCACACAGAAAAUUAACUGUUGGACAGCAAGUCUACUUUCAUAUGCAUGGCGUGUACAACUGAUCAAAUCAGUUCUGUUUGGGAUUCAAUCAUACUGGGCACAGAUCUUUCUUCUACCAAAAAAAGUAAUGAAGAUGGUGGAGGCUAUUUGCAGAUCUUUCCUGUGGACAGGUACAUCAAGUGUUUCUAAAAAGGCACUGGUCUCAUGGGAGAAAGUUUGCCUACCACAGGUUGUAGGAGGUCUAAAUGUAAUGAACAUGGUUUAUUGGAACAAAGCUGUAGUAGCAAAGCACUUGUGGGCAGCGGCAAAAAAGAAGGAAUGUUUAUGGAUUAGGUGGAUUCAUAGCUUCUACAUUAAACAGAACAUGUUGGAGCACAUGCCAAUACCCAAGAAUGCAGCUUGGGUGGUUCGUAAAAUACUGGAAACAAGGAAGUUCAUUGGAGAAGUUCAAGGUCUGCAGGGUGAUCUUAUGAGCAGACUAGGUCAACUACAGAAGGGUAACUCUUUUAGUAUCAAGAAGCUGUAUAGACUGCAAUUCCCCCAGCUCCCAAAAGUUCCUUGGAAAGGUAUUGUUUUGCAACCAAAUCUACAUCCCAAAUUCAGAAGUAUGGUCGAGACUACUGAAAAAUGGCUUGGACAUAAUAGAACUAUACGAGAUUGGCAGAGUGAAGUGGCAUGGAUAAGUCAGUAUGCUAUAAAGAAGAAUGGACAUUGGGCAAUUGUUACUUGCGUCUUUGGUAUGAUGAUCUAUACCAUAUGGAGAGCAAGGAACAAACUCGGAUUCCAGGGUGGGAUAACUACUGUUAGCAGCAUCUGCAAGGAAAUAGCAAUCCAUAUACACACGAGAGGCCGAUUAAUACAGCAUUGGCAAGAAGCACUCGAAAAGCUUAAUUGUUAUCCUUAG